UCAUCGUUGAUUAUUUUUAACUUUUCUGGCUUGCAUUCCUGAUCCGUGAUUUCGGAAAAAACACCAAUUUUAAAAUUGUAAAUUUCUAGCAGAUCUAGGCGAAAAAUCCUGUGUUAUUCACGUUUUUGCAAUCUACAAACUUCUGUGCGUGGCGCCAACGUGUUCAAAUACCGUUCUACCUCAAUUCGGAGUGGAUAUCGCGAAAUAUUUUUUACUCAACGCAUCGCGCAAUAAUGGCAGGCUUCUCGCUGAAGCUGAAAACCAAAACGGGCCAGCAGCACAUCGUCAGCAAUCUGGAACAAAGCACGACGGUGCGCCACCUGAAAGGUAAAAUCAUCGAGCUUACCAAUAUUCCGGCGGAGGUGCUGCACGUUAAGCUGGGCUUUCCCCCGUUCAAACCGUUGGACCUGAGCAAAGAAGACGAACUGCUGACGGCCAUCGGAAUCGCCAGCGGGGACACGCUUAUCGUGGACGAAAAGCAACUGAGUGAGGAAGAACGGCUCCAGCAGGCCGCCCAGAAGCGCAUGGAAGAGGAUGAGAAGCUGGCCAAGGAGUUGGCCGCCCAGAGUGAGGGGGGCAGUGGGAUCCUGCUGAAGCAGGUGGUGCCCAGCGACAAUUCGUGCCUGUUCACCAGCAUUGGAUUCGUUCUCACGGGAAAGGUGGAUCCGGAAAAGAGCCAAGAUAUGCGCCAAAUCAUUGCUUCCACGGUGAACGCAGAUAAGCAGGAGUACAACGAAGGGAUUCUGGGCAGACCGAAUGACGAAUAUUGCGCGUGGAUUUUGCAACCCGAGUCCUGGGGUGGCGCCAUUGAGGUUUCCAUUUUGUCCGCCUACCACGGGAUCGAGUUUGACGUUGUGGACAUUACCAAUGCGAUCAUCAAUCGGUUCGGCGAGGAUAAAAACUACGGCAUGAGAGCGUUCCUGUUGUUCGAUGGGAUUCACUAUGAUCCACUUUAUUUGGAAUCGACGACGGGCGAACCACCGCAAACCAUAUUCCCCAUCGAAGACAACGCCGUCUACAUGCAGGCCGAACAGCUCGCCAAGGAGGCCAAAUCCUCGCGCCAGUUCACCGACGUCAACCGGUUCACGCUGCGGUGCAUCGAUUGCGAUUGUUUGCUGAAGGGUCAGGUGGAAGCGCAGCAGCAUGCGAAACGGACCGGACACGUCAACUUUGGCGAGGUUUGAUUGAGAACGGGGCUCUUUGUUGGGGUAGUUAGUAAAAGCGUGGUUUUACGGAAUGGUUCUCUGGAAGAAGAAAAAAAAAACAGCAUUUCGCGCGUUUUAGGUAUGUGUAGGUACUAAUUAUGCGUUUCUUGUUUAAAAUUUUCCGUCGUUCGUACGUCUGCAGAAUGACGUAUAUACUAGCCUUGAGUCGACAUUACCUGUAUCAGCUGGAAAUAAAAUAAUUUACACAUUUGAUCGAAAAAGCAUGCGAUUAUAUCUUUGCGCGCGUUUCAAGAACCGUGUCAUCGAAAUUCGGUUCUACGCGAACGUAACAGUAGCAGGAAAGAUCACAAAACUAAAUGCUUGGUUCUAAUUUGCAUCGGAGGUUGAAAAUAACGAUGCCUUGGAGUUAUAUGAACAAUAUAUUUCUGCUUAUGAUCGUUUUGCGAGAAAAUAAAUUGUAUCCAGUACUUA